AUGCCUACUCGGAAACGGUCAUCGUCAUCCUCCUUGUCCCCUCCACCAGCACACACAAAAAAGUCAAACUCGAGAAAGGGAAAGACUGCGCCAAAAGACGAAUCUGCCGAUGAAUAUCAACAAGUUACACUAGCAUCUUUUGUGGAUCGAUGGAGAGUGAGUGGAUUAGGAUAUGGCGGAGACGUUUAUUAUCAACCUGGUUUUAUACAAGGUGAAGAAGCCAAGAGAUGGUAUGACAGUCUAUUGAACCUAGAUACUUAUCAACCAACGCUCAAGAUGUAUGGACGCGAAUUCCCCCAAUCACGUUCGAUAGCAGCUUAUUCCACCAUACCGAAUGCAACUUUGUCAUAUUCAGGCUCCAAAAUAAUCAUGAAUUAUCCUUUCCCACCUAUAUUAGAAUCCAUUCGCAGAAAACUCCAAGGUGAUUUAGGAGUCAAGUUCAAUCAUUGUAUGUUGAAUAGGUAUGAUGAUGGAACUGUCUAUAUCGGGAAACAUUCAGAUAAUUUGAAUAACCUAGUUAUAGCUUCUGUAUCUCUAGGUGCAGAAAGAACGUUCAUCAUGUCUCCUAGAUUACCUAAUAAAUCAGGUAAAAACGUUGGUAAAUCCUUCCCUCAUGAUCUUCAAGAUGAACUAAAGCAAAGGAAGAAUGUAAAAUGGGUUUUGGGUAAUGGAAGUUUGGUCAUUAUGCAAGGUAAAACACAAGAAUUCUGGAAGCAUGAAAUACCAAAAGAACCAUCCAUCCAAAAAGGUAGAAUAAGUCUUACGUUUCGACAAUUGGUAUAA